AUGCCGCCCAAGAGCCACGCCAACGGCGAUCAGCUCAAAAAGCGUUCCACCGCUCGGCAAACAUCAGCACCACGAGCAUCCACAAACGACAAGGGGACAACGCCAAAGUCCGCCAAAUCGUCCAAGUCAGAGCCUGCAUCACGGUAUCGAACCUCGUGGCGUUGGCUGUCGUGGGCAUGUUCGGCGGCUCUCUUCCUCCUAGCCGUCCUCACAUAUAGGAAUGGCGGCGAGCUUCCGUUCUAUCUUCUCGGCAGAUCGAGUUCAGCACGACAACAGCCAUGGCCAACUCAGCAGCAUCCCUCAUCACCUCCCGCAUCGGGCAGCAGCAGUAAGCCUGCCGUCCCGAAGGACCUCUGGGGUAAAGCAGAAAAGCCCUACUAUCCCUCCAACAAACGAGAGCCUUCUCUUCCCUACUCGCUACCGCCCACACGGCCCCUUCCUGAUCAGCCACUACGCAGAGCCGAUGCGGACAGACAAGAAGCGGUCCUCGGCGCCUUCAAGCACUCCUGGUCCGCCUACAGACGAGACGCCUGGGGCUACGACGAGUAUCAUCCCAUCAGCAAGCAUGGCUCCAACCUCAGCGGCAAGCAUGGCCAAGGCAUCGGCUACACCAUCGUCGACACGCUCGACACGCUCAUCCUCAUGGGACUCAAAGACGACUACGAGGAAGCUCGCGACUGGGUCCGCGACGAGCUGAGCUGGGACGUGCCAGGACGCAUGAACGUCUUCGAGACAACCAUUCGGACCCUCGGCGGUCUGCUCUCUGCUGCGGCAUUGAUUCGCGAUCCACCACACCCGGCAUUCACGCCCAACGAGGAGGACGCACAGAUGUUCAUCGACAAAGCCGUCGAUCUGGCUGAGCGGCUCAAGCCGGCCUUCGACACGCCUUCCGGUGUGCCGCUCCGCGAAGUCGACCUCGAGACGGGCGAAGCUUUUCCGGAUCUGAACAACAACAACUCGUCCAGCCUUGCAGAAGCGACGACGGUGCAGCUCGAGUUCAAAUACCUCGCGCAUCUUACGGGCGAGCACGAGUACUGGCGCAUCGCAGAGCGACCUAUGGAAGUCGUGCGCAACGCCACCAAGCGCUUGAUCCACUACCAGGGUCUGCUGCCCAUAUUCCUGAACCCGAUGAACGGUCACUUUUACAAUGGCGAGGUGCGACUCGGCUCACGUGGCGACUCAUACUACGAGUACCUCAUCAAGCAGUGGCUCCAGACGGGCCGCUCGGAGGACGUCUACCGCGAUAUGUACGACAAUGCGCUCAGGGGCAUCAAGCGGCUGUUGACCAAGCCGUCGAUCCACUCGAAGCCGCCGCUGAUGUUCACCGUCGAACUGGCGCCGCGCCGCAUGCCCGACGGGCGUCCGUACAUGCAGCUCGUCCCAAAGCAGGACCAUCUGGUGUGCUUCCUCGGCGGGUCGAUGAUGCUCGGCUCCACCUCCCUUACCGACAUCUUUGGUGACACGACAAAGCGACCUCUCCCGCCCAUCUCGGACGUGGGCACGGGCGAUGAGACGGACCGGGAAGACUGGCGGUUGGGCCACGAGCUCGUUCGCACCUGUAUGGACACCUACACGCGCACCGCCACGGGUCUCUCUCCCGAGAUCGCCUUCUUCGUCACCCCCACGGACGCCAACAUCACCGAGGCGCAGAUGCUCGCUGCCAACCGGGCGCCCAUCCCGCGCAACGUGGAUUGGUACAUCAAGAAGCCGCCGCCAUCCUACUCGAAAAGGCCCAACCCGCUCAUCGACGCGCGCAACAUCCUGCGCCCCGAAACCGUCGAGAGCCUCUUCAUCGCCUUCUCCCUCACCGGCGACGAGAUCUAUCGCGAGUGGGGCUGGCAGAUCUUCCAAGCCUUCGAGAAACACUGCAAGGUCCCCAGCGGCGGGUAUAGUAGUAUCGAUGAUGUGGAUUCGAAGCGACCGAAGCAGAUGGAUAAGAUGGAGACGUUCUGGUUAUCCGAGACGUUGAAGUAUCUGUAUCUGCUCUUUGGGGACAGGGAUACGCUGCCGUUGAACAAGUGGGUGUUGAACACCGAGGCGCACCCCCUGCCGGUCUUCACACCGCGGUUCGAGACUGGCUUCAGUUGA